AUGGCUACUCAUGUUAUUCUCUUUGCUAUCCUUGCUUCAGCAAUCUCUCAGGCAUUUGCCUCUGAUCCUAGUGCUUUACAAGACUUCUGCGUCGCGGAUAAGUCGUUGCAAGUUCUUGUGAAUGGAUUUGUUUGCAAGGACGCAAAGCUUGCCACACCCGAUGAUUUCUUCUUCUCCGGCCUUGAUAAGUCGGGCAACACUUCGAACAAAUUUGGGUCUAGUGUGACACCGGUUAAUGUAAAUCAAAUUUCUGGGCUAAACACAAAUGGCAUUUCCCUGGCUCGCAUAGACUUUGCACCCUAUGGUGUCAACCCUCCUCACACCCAUCCCCGAGCAACCGAGAUAUUAACGGUGUUGGAGGGCUCACUCUACGUUGGUUUCGUGACAUCAAACCCUGAGAACAGACUCUACUCUAAGGUUCUUAACAAGGGGGAUGUCUUUGUGUUCCCUAAAGGUCUGAUUCACUUCCAAUUCAACAAUGGUACCGGCAAUGCCAUGGCCAUUGCAACGCUGAGCAGCCAAAACCCUGGAGUGAUUACUAUAGGAAAUGCAGUGUUUGGGUCAAAACUGCCGAUUUCUGAUGAUAUUCUUGCUAAGGCCUUUCAGGCGGAUAAAAAGACUAUAGAUUGGAUUCAAGCUCAGUUCUAA